AUGACAAGCUACUUCAAAUUCUUUUUCCCCCAUGGCCAUUUUUUUCCUCGGAAGACUCCAAUUCACAUGAAAAAUAAGAAAAGAAUAAGGGUUAGUAAGAUUCAAUUCAUCAAUGCAAAUUUGAUCUUGAAUCGCUAUCAAAACCGGCAUCAACGUUCAAGUUACUCAAUAAAAUUUCAAGGUAAGCAACACAUUUCAAAUGUUGUCAAAUUCGAAUCAUUCAUAUUUCAAGACCCAAAUUCAGAAAUCCAAAUCACAACCAAUUUAUUAUCCGUGUCAUGUUUCAAAGUUCAAGUCAUGCUGCAAAAAUUCAAGAGAAAAAGAAAAGAACCACAAUUCAUACAAAUCAUUUUUAAAAUCCAGCACACGCACAACCUCAUGUUAUUUCUAGCCAAGUCAGUUUUUAUGAGAGCAUAUCAAGACAAUCCUAAUUAA